AUGUCCGUGGUCGGCUCGCAGCCUUUCAUCAAACUAAUGCAUCGAACGCCUUCCAUCUCCCCGGGCAUCCAGAGGAGACACACGCUGCCCGCCAGCGAGGUCCGGCCGCUCAACACGCAGGACGCCAUCAGCGUCUUCGAGAUCGAGCGAGAGGCAUUUAUCUCCGUGUCAGGUGAGUGUCCCCUCCACCUGGAUGAGGUGCGUCACUUCCUCACCUUGUGUCCAGAGCUGUCCAUGGGCUGGUUCGAGGAGGGCCGACUGGUGGCUUUCAUCAUCGGCUCUCUCUGGGACAAGGACAGGCUCACUGAAGACGCGCUGAUCCUCCACAAGCCGCGCGGCUCCACCGUCCACAUCCACAUCCUCGCGGUGCACCGCACCUUCCGGCAGCAGGGCAAAGGGCCCAUCCUGCUGUGGCGUUACCUGCAGUACCUCCGCUGCCUGCCCAGCGUGCGCCGCGCGCUGCUCAUGUGCGAGGACGUCCUGGUGCCCUUCUACCACAAGUCGGGCUUCAAGGUGCUUGGGCUCUGCGCCAUCACCGUGGCCAACAUGACCUUCACGGAGAUGUGCUACCCGAUCAGCGGCCACGCGUACAUGCGGCGCAACAGCGAGGCGAUCCGUUUCCCCGCAGCAUCCCUUGACUGUGCCACUGGCAAACACGGGUGA